AGCCCUUAUUUUUUAUUUUAUUUUGUUUUACAUCUCUAUCUUAUUUAUUAUUAUCAUGUCUCCUUUAUUCGAACAAGACUUUCCUAUAGGCUUUGCUGAAACCAAAACCGAUAACAACAACACUGAAUUUUACGUAGAAUGGUUAGAUAACAGCACUGAAUUCCCUGGUUUGACUACCAACAAUACCAACCUUGAUGGCGGUAACUGGGAAAUCCUUCGUCGAAAAGAAAUACAAGAAGUUGAUGAAGAACAAACAUUAGAAGAAGAUGGUGACUGGUCUAAAAUCAAUCAUGAUCAACCUCUAUACGCUCAAGUAGCAGAAAAGAAUGCCGAGCUUCAACCUACCAAACGUGCAAUUCAACCCUUAUGGACACACUCCAGUCAAAAGACAAAAGUGAAAAAGGAAAAGACAGAAGAGCCAGAAGACGAAGAAUAUUUAGCUUAUGAAUUAAAUGAUGCUCACAAGAGUCAAAGUAGAAGAGCCAGUCGUUUAGCGCAUCUUAACAAGUUACAUGACUUGAAGACAGUUAAUAUUCAUAUGGAAGGUGUCUUUCGUUUAGCUACAUCCAAGAAUGGUACCACUGCCGAUCUUGUCUGGACGCCUGUUGAUAAGGAAAAUACCAAUUUCUCCUUAUUAAAUUCCUUGCAAGCUGAACACUUGAAAGAAUUAAGAGUGACCAAUAAGGCUCAAGCACUAUCUUUCUUUGCAAGAUAUUCACACAACACCAAGAAAUACAAUGCUGUACAUGCUGGUGUGCCUUCUACAAGUCACUCCAAACAACCCUUGUUUCCUGAUAAUGGCGAAUAUUCUGUUCAUGCACCUAUUAUCAAAUACUGAUGUAUAUACUUGUAACAUGUUUAGAAAUACA